AUGGGCAAAGAACGUAAGAUUUGGAAGAGUAAACCUCGCGAUGAGAUAGAGUGUUUAGCCUGUUGUGGCAUAGAGAAGGUUCAGAGGGAGGAAUUGGACCUCGCUGAAGCUGCUGUAAACCGUACAACCGUCCUAAAUCCUUCCUCCAUAUCAGCGGUCUCCCCGAAACUCCCCUUCCGACCAAAGCUAGAAGAAACAUCGCCAUAA